AUGGCUGCAAUGAUCAAGAGUAGUUUUUUGAUUGAUGAUUUACUCUCUGCUUUUAAACGACCACCAACAACAGCGUCAUCAGUAGCAGCACUGCCGCCACCAGCACCUGCGCCAAUAUCAAUCCCGUUCAAUCCACCCAAAGAAUCUAUUUCUAUCUUAUCUAAUGAUAUGACACCAAUAUCACUUAAUUUUUUUCAACCACCUAAUCAAUUUAAUCAAUAUGCUGCUAUUAAACCUGAAUUACAUCCAUUCUUUUUCCAUGGUUUGAGCUUUCAUGCCUAUCUUAACAGUGAACAUUCGCUUAAACAUUGCCGUCGACGAAAAGCUCGAACAGUGUUCAGCGAUCAUCAACUUAAUGGUCUUGAAAAACGAUUCGAUGGACAAAAAUAUUUAAGUACACCAGAACGAGUGGAAUUAGCUAAUGCACUUAAUCUAUCAGAAGCACAGGUCAAAACAUGGUUUCAAAAUCGUCGUAUGAAACAUAAAAAACAAGUUCGUCGACAAUUACAAAAUACAUCGGGUAGUCCACUGUCCGAAGAAGGGGUCGACGAAGAUGAAUGUUGUGAGGAGAACGAUAUUGAUGUUGUCAGUGAUGAUGAAUGUUACAGCAAUAAUUCUUCUUCAAAAUAA